AUGAUGUUUAACUUCUCCUCCUUCUCCUCAUCCAUUUGUUUCUCUGCCAUUGCAAUCAGGUCUUGUAUAGCAUCAGCGUACAAGAAUUUUCUCCUUCUUCUCCUUUUGCUUUUCUUUUUCUCCAGUUCUAGUACCAAAGGGGUUUAA